AUGGCGGCAGACACCCGGCGGCGCCGCAUCACCCUGCCGCCGCCCGCCGAGGAAAGGCGACCGCUGCUGAGCCGCCUGUACACCGACCAUGGCGACGACGGAGAUAGAGUCUACAGCUGCAUGACCAACCCGCACAGCCACUUGCCUGUGUAUACAAACAUCCAUCGCAUACGGCGCGACAUCACGAGCGUGGUCGAGGACUACCUGAGCCUCGAGCAGCUGAGGGAUGUGAGGAUCAACGUCACCGUUGUGAGGCCCCUGGUGGAUCAGUUCUACGAGCUUGAUGACAUUUCCAUCAUCUACUGCCUGCUCGUGAACCGCGCUCAGUUUCUGGUGGAGGAAGCCCAUUCGAGUAAUCGGCAAAACGUCAACUGGACCCGCGCCACCCUCUGUGAGCUCAUCGCAACGCGCAUCCUCCGACGCUUCGGCGAGGACUAUGACGGCACGGACGGGCUCCUUCUCCUGGCGCACAUUCUCGUCGCCGGCUUCGAGCCCUUCCAGAAUGCACCUCCACACAUUCGCGAGGAGGCCGAGGCGCACACAUCGUGGACCUACCAGCGCACGCUGCCCGCGCUCGAGGUGGCCAUCCUGACGGAGAGCAAGCACUUUCUGAGCUCGACAACAUGCCAACGAGUGGUCACAGCCAUCUACGAAGGACGCAUCAUCUACACGCCGUCGACGUAUUGGGACAUUAUCCCUGACCACUACAAGUUGAAGCCGAUAUCCAUAUACGACCCUCGCGAGUCGCCACUUUUGAACCAAUAUCGACUAAUCGUACCCCGCACGCGCAGCAUUCUCGAGGCGAUCCAGUUCGCCAUCCUGCUUGCCCUGUAUGUCGGGAUCAUGCUCGCCAGGAGUAAGGACCGUUUCACCGUCCUGGAGGCGGCCUUUGCCAUAUACGCCUUCGGAUGGGGCCUCGAUCAAUUUGCCACAAUCCUCGCCCAUGGAUGGGGCGUGUACACGCAAAACUUGUGGUCGUUUCUCGACGUGGCUUUCAUAUUCAUCUACCUCGUAUACUUGUUGCUGCGCAUGCACGGCCUCCGGGUUGGUGAAAUUGGGCCGGCGGAGCAGGCUUUUGACGUCCUGGCUUUGGCUGCGCCUGUCCUGGUGCCCCGGCUGGCGUUCAACCUCCUUUCUGACAACCUGGUAUUCCUCGCGCUCAGGUCGAUGAUGGCAGACUUCAUGCUCCUUACAGCGCUGUCUGCGUGGUGCUUUUUUGGAUUCUUGUUGUCUUUGCUGUGGCUGGGAGAAGGGGCACAUCCUCUUGUAACAAUAUCAAAGUGGAUGAUAUACAUCUGGUUUGGUCUGGACGGCACGGGAAUUCAGCGAUCGACAGAGUUCCACUGGCUUCUGGGACCGAGUCUCAUGGUGGCAUUCGCCUUUCUCGGCAACACUCUCUUCCUCACGAUCCUCGUUUCGAUGCUGUCCAAUACGUUUAGCAACAUUUCCAGCAACGCAACGGCCGAGAUCCAGUUCCGCCGGGCAGUGUUGACGCUCGAAGGGGUCAAGGCCGAUGCCGUCUUUGCCUACCAGCCGCCGUUCAAUCUGUUGGCUGUGUUCUUUCUGCUCCCGCUCAAAUUUGUAGUCAGCCCGCGGUGGUUCCAUAAGAUCCACGUCGCCAUGGUGCGGCUGGUGAAUCUCCCCUUGCUGCUCAUUAUCGCCAUGGCAGAGCGGCGCUUUUUCUGGGGAGCGGGCUCCAAGACCGAGACUGUCUAUCCUCGGGCACGGAAGUGGUUCUGGCGCAAGUGGCAGCUGUCGGCUCAUCGGUACCUCCGCGCAGUGUUCCAGGUGCCGCCGCCAGACGAUGUGCACAACGACAUUGCCGUGGACGACGACCUCACGCAUCACCUCAUCCGACGACAAUUCACCAGUGAGACGUCGGCGCAGACGCAGGUCCCACGGAAGCCCUCGCGUAGGGACUCGAUGUUUCCGGGGCUGGCCACUAAGCUGCGAGGUUCCUUUACCGAGGGCAGCGAGGAUUAUGAAGGCAUGGCGGGUAGAGUGGCUUCCAUGGAAAAGUCCAUGCGACGCAUGGAGAUUAUGCUGGCAAGACUGCUCCCAGAGGAAGAGGAGGCUCUGGAUGACGAGUCGCCCGAUGAGAUGGGAGAGAGCAGUACGCUCAAGGAGGGGGACGGAUUCACAACAGAAUCGGCGUACCGGGGACAGACGUGA